AUGCUUCUCUCUGCUACGACGACUAAACGCUCUUCCUCAUCAUCUCCUCCCACAUCAGCUACUUUGCAGACCGCGCCAUUGCGAUCGUCACCCGACCCGCGUUUUUAUCAGUCGCACGGCUCUACACCACGCACGUCGGUCUCUCAAUCUAGACAGACCAAAGGUCAGACUCGUGCAUUGUCACAACCCCGCUACGCCGAGCCAGAGGAGCAAGACUUGACGUUGACCGACGAUUUCUACGACCAAGACGACGACGACGACGAUCGAGAUCACGACGUAAGAAAGCCUUUCUUGCCUCGCCGAAACAGUGCAUCGUCGAGUGUGCGAAAGAGCUGGCCCAACUCGCGUCCAGACGUCAAGAGGUCCAAUUCAAUUCAAUUGAAGCGUUCUCACCCUCACAAGAUGGUGGACCAAAAAAGGAAAAACGAGACGGCUGCCAAGUCGGGUGGCACCGACGAGGAUGGCAGCCGUUCGUCCAGUAGCUCCUGUGGAGAUGGGAACGCUAGCAAUGGCGGCGUUGGUGAAGCAUCACGUGGACCUGGCGAUGUGAGCUUUGACGACAUUUUCGAUGUCACCAAAACGCUGCGCGAGAACCAAUCCAUGAUGAUCUCGGCAGAGUUUGAUCGUAUGGGAAUGGGCAAGUAUCAGAUCUGCAUCUGGGUUCUGUGCGGAUGCGGCUACUUUAUCGACCUGUUGUGGGCGCAAGCGCUGGGCUUGAUUGUCACGCAAGUGGCGUUCGAGUUUGCUGACGAGAUCGGCGGCAAAACCGGCCCACUUCAGACGGCAUUCUCGACAGGACUCACGGUGGGCGCCUUCUUCUUCGGCUUUGCGGUCGACGUAGUGGGCCGACGAUGGAGCUUCUAUCUGACGACGUUGAUCGCGUCGAUUUUUGGGAUUGCCAGUGGAGGCGCACGCAGCUUUGAUGGUCUCUGCGUGCUGUCGGCUUUCAUCGGGUUCGGUAUCGGUGGCAAUAUUCCGAUCGACGCGACGAUCACGUUGGAGUUUCUGCCCACAAAUCGACGCUUUCUCGUGGCGGCGCUAUCGCUGUUUCAGCCGUUGGGGGUGCUGGUAUGCUCGGGCAUCUCGUAUGGACUGAUUCCAAAGUAUGCGUGCGAGUCGGCCGAGACGUGUACGCGAUCGAACAACAUGGGCUGGCGAUACACACUGUACACACUCGGCUGUAUCACCUGGCUCAUCUUUGUGGCUCGAUUCUUCAUCUUCAGCUUCCGCGAGUCGCCGCAGUAUCUGCUGGCACGUGGAAAGGAGGCUAGAGCGCUCCAGAUUAUUCGGCAGAUUCUGCAUACGAACAAGAGCAAGAUGGAGCCGCUCUUUACGCAGGCUGAUUUCCAGGAGGCGGCGAGACGGAUUGCAGAGCACCAAGGCGGUGAAUACCUGGUGGAGCCAGAGGAGCAAGAGCGGCUGCACGGCGGUGCACUCAAGAUGUCGAGGUGGGAGACGGCCAAGAAAUCGGCCAAGGAAAUGGCGUCGCUCUUUCUGAAUGCAAAGACGUUGUUUCGGAACAAGACGAUGGCGAGGGUAACUAUCAUUCUUUGGCUCACGUUUAUUGCCGACUUUUGGGGGUUUACGCUCGCAGGUUUCUACCUGCCUCAAAUCCUGCGCGCCAAGGGAGCCGAGCAGGACACGUCGAUCUCGACGACCUACCGCAACUACAUGCUGGUCUACUUUCCCGGCAUAUUCGCAGUGGCGCUGGGUGCGGCGAUGAUCGAAGCGCCAAAAGUAGGACGCCAAUGGGCCAUGGUGGUAUCAUCAGGCUUGAUGGCCGUUUCGUUCUUCCUGUUCACGAUUGCCAAAGAUCAGACGGGCAGCGUGGUGCUGAACGCGGUCGAGUACUUUUUCCAGAGCCUGUUCAACAGUAUUCUGUAUGCUUUUGUGCCAGAGAUCUAUCCAUCGCAAGUCAGAGGAACAGCGAGCGGACUGGCAUCGACGUUGGGACGGAUCGCGGGCAUCAUAGCACCGCUCGCAGCCGAUCCGCUGUUCGCAGAUCAGACGGAACAGCAAGCGAAGCACGUUCUGUAUCUAGCGGGUGGGGUGACGCUGCUGUGCCCAAUAGCGCUGGCGUUGCUGCCGUACGAUACGAGGGGGAUGCGGGUGUACUAG